AUGGGUAGAAAGAAGAAGAAGCAGAUCAAACCAUGCAAGUAUUGCAACAGAGAGUUUGACGAUGAGAAAAUCCUUAUUCAGCACCAAAAGGCUAAACAUUUUAAGUGCCACAUAUGUUACAAAAAGUUGUACACGGGUCCAGGGCUUGCCAUCCAUUGUAUGCAGGUUCAUAAAGAAAAGAUUGACAAAGUUCCCAACAGUCUUCCAGGUAGAAACAACACAGAAAUUGAAAUCUAUGGCAUGGAAGGUAUACCUGAGGAGGAUGUGAAAGCACACGAAAAAAAUAAGAGCAAAAAAGCCGCAGAUGCAGGCAGUGAGGCGGAAUCAGGGGAUGACAACAGCCAGCCUGCCACAUCCUUGCCAACGACUUCAGUAACCAAUGGAGUCCCGGUAACUGUGCCUCCGCCCCCGCUGCCUUUUGGCACACCAGGCAUGGGUGCAAUGCCCACACCCGGUCCACCAAUGAUGGGUGGGAUGGGAGGUCCUAUGAUGAACCCUAUGAUGGGACCUAACCCAAUGGGAGGCAUGCCUGGACACAUGAUGGGACCAAAUUCAAUGGGUGGAAUGGGUGGAAUGGGACCAAUGGGGAUGGGAGGACCAAUGAAUCCCCAGAUGAGACCCGGAAUGAACAUGAUGCCCAUGCCACCAAUGAACCCAAUGGGAGGGAUGCCGAUGCAGAGACCACCACUUCCUUUACCCAACAGACCACUGUUUCCUGCUGCUGCUCAGUCGUCUGCAUCUUCGACGCCACCACAAAUAGGAGCUCCUCGGCCAACAUUUCCAGCUGCUGCUUCUAUCGCUCCAAAUGGUGGAAGCACAGCCACAAUUACUGGUGCACCCACAAUCAAAAAGCCAGAGUCUUCAUCAGGUUUGACAUCUAAGUUAGUCCACCCAGAUGAGGAUAUUUCCUUGGAGGAGUUACGAGCCAACAUGCCCAAGUACCAAAAAGCUGCACCGAGGCAUGAGAUGAUGAUGCCGAACAAUACCAUGGCCAAUACACCCAUGCCUCAGGGUGGACCCAUGUCCCAAGGUGGACCCAUGUCCCAGGGUGGACCUAUGCAGGGAGGAAUGCCCAUGAACAUGGGGAACAUGAACAUGGGAAUGAAUAUGGGUAUGGGCAUGGGAGGGCCCAAUAUGAUGCAAGGAAUGAUGGGCGGUCCAAGACCCAACAUGAUGCCUGGUCCAAUGAUGGGCAACAACAUGAUGCCUGGUCCGAUGAUGGGCAACAACAUGAUGAGGGGCCCCGGAAAUAUGGCUAUGGGAGGACCACCACGAGGGCCCAUGGGUGGCAACAUGAAUAUGAUGCCUCCUGGUGGCAUGCGGCCAAACAUGGGUGACCCUUUUGGAAAUCAAGGCAUGAUGAGAGGAAACCGGCCAUUUAAUUGA